AUGAUCGCUGGAAAGCUGUUCACGGCAACUAUCUCUGUCUUAUAUGCUCGCUGCUUCGUGGACAACUGUCGACGGAAGAUUUUGAAGCAGCCACUACAGUCAUCGCAUGUCAAUCAGGAGGAAUUCAUUAAGGCUGAGAAUACACUCUGGCGACUGGCUCAGCAAGCUGAGUUUCCGGAGGAAAUGUUCCAGUUACAGCAGGCGAAAGAAGGGCGAAAAACGAAACUGGAUAAAACUAGUCGCAUCUACAAAUUGUCGCCGUUUAUCGACGAGGCCGGCGUCGCUAGGAUGGACACACGAAUCGCGGAGGCAGUCUUCGUAUCGUACAACACCAAAUUCCCUAUCAUUUUUCCGAAAGGUCAUCGUUUAGCCAACCUGGUCAUCGAGUGGUACCGACGUUACUACCUGCACGCAAACAACGAAACCGUAAUCAAUGAAGUCCGCCAGCGAUUCCACAUCCCCUGUCUUCGGACGCUGGUGCGGAAUCUCUCAAAAACGUGUAUGCAGUGCAGAGUAAUGAAAGCGAAACCGACGUAUCCGAGAGAAGCACCCCUUCCUGAGGCGAGACUCAGUCCGCAUAUUCGGACGUUUAGCUUCGUCGGCCUGGACUACUUCGGACCCAUCUUAGUCAAGGUUGGACGAUCUUUGGUCAAGCGAUGGGUAGCGCUAUUUACCUGCCUUACCAUCAGGGCCGUCCAUCUAGAGGUGGUCCACUCGUUAUCCACCGAGGCGUGUAAGAUGGCUAUUCGACGAUUCGUAGUGCGUCGGGGAGCCCCCUUGGAAAUCCGAAGCGACAACGGUACCAACUUCAUUGGCGCCAACCGAGAGUUACAACAGCAGAUUAAGGAGAUGAAUCAACAACUGUCCGAGGUUUUCACCAACGCUGUUACCAAGUGGGUGUUUAAUCCACCAUCCGCUCCCCACAUGGGCGGAUCAUGGGAGAGGCUCCAAGGCGUCACCCAACCUCCGAUCCCGAUUCCGGAACGCCCGGAGUCCCUACGGCCCAGCUGGCGACUGGCAACAAAUUUGGUGAAUCAAUUCUGGAGUCGUUGGAUUGAGGAGUACCUCCCAAUCAUCGCGAGCCGAACUAAGUGGUACGAAGAGGCGAAGGAACCGAAGGUGGGAGACCUAGCUGUCAUCGUCGAUGCAUCGGUGCGGAACGGAUGGCUGCGCGGACGGAUUAUUUCCGUCAUCAAGGGACGUGAUGGGCGAAUCAGACAGGUGCUGGUGAAGACGUCUGGAGGCGUGCUACGGCGACCUGUGACCAAGGUUGCUGUUUAG